GACUCACGCCACGCGCAUACACGCGUUUACUAGGCCGAAGCGAACAAACAAAAUCCGCAGUUCGAUCUACUUACUCGUGCAACACAUUGCAAAAGUUCAAAGUUAAAUUUUCAUUCGAUCGUGUCAAAUAUGGUUAAUCAUGUGAAAUCUGAGUGCUCGUUCGCAACGUGGUAUCCGCAGUUUCGUAAACAAUCAUUAGAAGCUACAAUUCUUUGUAUUCCCGAUGAAGUAUUCAAUUAUUUGGAACACGACGCAUUCGUUUUACCAGUCGAGGCGACGAGCUCGACAUUAGAAAAUACAGAAUGGACGGAUGGAACUCCAGUAGCAAACGAAGAGCAAUCAUCCGAAUUACAGCCAACGUUUCCGGAGUUCAGUCAAAGAAUUCAAGACACCUUAGAUGAAUACGGUGCAGUGUUUAUAAAAAGUAAUUGGAGUUCACCUUCGGAUGCUACCUGGGUCGCACCCACUAAAACACUCAAGUGUAGAUCGUUAGAGGAAGUAUAUUUACUGUUAAAGUGUUCUGACAGAAUUUCCAGGGAUUUAAGUAAUGUGAAAAAUUGUACAGACCGCAAGACUCCUGUAAAAUCGUGUCUUGUGCUGAAGCAAUGGAGAGACAUCAAUCCUUGUACAGAGUUCCGAUGUUUCGUAAUAAACAAAGAACUUAUAGCCAUUAGUCAACGAGAUAUAUCGCAGUAUCAUAGUUACAACGAAGCAGAAAAGUAUAAUAUUCAAACGGAUAUUAAAAGCUUAUUUACGGAGCACAUUAAAGACAAGUUUCCCUUGAACAAUUUUUCGUUCGACGUUAUACGGUAUAAAAAAGAAAAAGUGAAGAUAGUCGAUUUCGGGCCUUUGGACGAGGCCUCUACUAAAGGAACACUUUUUACUUACGACGAAUUGCAAAAUGAGAUAGAGGACACUCCAGAGUUCAGAUUCAUCGGCGAAGAGAUCGGUAUCCAACCGAAGGCUCCGGAUCAUUUCUGCGUACCAGAGGAAAUAAACGAAUUCUUUCAAUCGAACAGCAGUUCACUAUUGGACAUUAUUCAACGAUUUUCGUUCAAGGAGGUGGAAGCUCAACAAAAUGAAUACGAAAACCCUGAGAACAGUAGCUUGUGAAAUAAACGACCAACGAGGGAAUAAACUUUUUAAAUACAGAA